AUGUCGGUUGGGAAGGAGGCGGCGGCAUCCGAGUUGCGGGUCGUCUUGUUGGGACCUGUGCAGAAGCAUCAAUUUUUCAAAAACCUGUGCCUGGCCGCCGACAAAUACGAGAAGCACGUCCACUACAAUGACGUGCACUAUAUGCAUUUGAAGAAGGGAGAAAAUGAUGAGGAGGUCCUUGAGGUGUCCGAUCCAGGAAUGGCGCACACCGGAAAUCGCGAGAUGGCCAUUCGAAACUGUGAUAUUGCCCUGAUCUACUGCUCCGCAACGACGGCCACCAGCUUUGCCCAGCUGCAGUCCCUCAUCCCGGAUUUUGAGGCGCGCAAAUCCGUACCAGUCCGAUUCUUCUUUGACACUGAUGACGUAGCCAUUGAAGAUGAAGAUGGAUCCUCAACGGGAAUUUCGUCAGUAUCGGAAGGAUAUGAAUCCGAUCCGGAGAGUCCAGAACGGAUGAGGCGGCGAAACUCGAUGGAAAAGAUUCGGCGCCUGAAUGAGGAUGGCGUAGUGACGAUUGAGCAGGUUAACGAACUGUCGGAAAAGUUCGGAAGCGACGUGCGCGUCGACCAAAUUGCAUCGAGCCAGAUGGACAACACCCGAGAGUUGCUUGAAGUCAUUGCAGAGGAUGCCAUCAAGAAUAAGAAAAAGACGGUCUCGAAGCGACGCCUCCUCUCGCUUGGCGGGAGCAAAAGCCGCGAGAACUCAAAGUCACGCCACAACUCUUCCGAGUCCAAGGAGGAGGACAAGAAAAUUGAGAAGCAGGGCAGCAAGAAGGAGCGAAAGAACUCGCAAAAGGACAGCAAAGUUUGCUCGAUUAUG